AUGACUACAUCUGUACAUGAGGAUGUUGUUUCCUGGCUUCAAGAUUUUUUCAAAGUUCCUAAUAAUGGUGUGGUUGAUGAUCCUCUCAUAAUGGUUACUGGACAACCUCUUCACUAUGAGCCUAGUGGAACUGAGGUUGAAAUAGCUCCUGAUGUUGCUGUGCGCCCAGAUAUAACAAUUGUUCCAAGACCUUCUGCUUAUACCGUAAUACCUCAUCCUCCUAGUGAUGUAAAUAGAAAUCCUCAUACACGAAUUGUCUGUGAAGUUGCUGUGAACCAAAGUACUGGUCAUUUGAGACAAAAAUGCUCGACUUAG